UGGAAAAAUAUGUUAUAACUACGAUGUAAAUUAUGUAUAGAUUAUACCACACUGACACUUUACUUUUUAUUUUUUUAUGAUAGCACAGAUUAUAUUAUUAUAAUAAGUAAUAACAGACAACUGUUGUCUGUUAAUAUUAUUGUAUACAGUAUACCAUUAUUGCCAUUUGAUAAACAACAUUUCGAAUUUCGAUUUCAGAAUUCAAAUUAACUGCCGUCGCCUAGUGCCAAUUGUUGUUACUUGUUGACCAGUAAAGUUGACCGUCCGUUGUUAAAAAUUAUCAUCGUGGUCUGUAGUCUCUACUAUUAUAUACUCACUAUUGUUUUAUAGCCAGUACUGAGUACUUAAGUCUCGUCGUAAAGUUAUAAGUGCGUAAGUCGUGACUCGUAGUGCACUUGUACCUUCUGCUAGGUAUUAAAUGUUUUUUAUUUAGUACCUAAAUUAUUAAAAUAUAAUGAAUUAUUGUAUUCAAUAUUUGUGGUAAUCACUAAUCGGCUGUCCGGGACUGAUUACGAUUUUGACAAAUAUAACGGAAUUUCGGGGGCAGCAUCUACAGCCUUCAUUUAACUCCUUGAACAACAAACUAUAUAAUCUGUGUUUGAACCUUGCAUCAAUCGUUAUCUUAAAUCUUAUGUUCCAAGUUCAUACUAAAAACUAUAUAUAGACAUGUCAGCAAGUAGCACUUCAUCUUGGUCAGACAAAAGCGAACAAAAAGUUUUCAAAUGUAGUGCAAAAGCGGCGACAAAACACCCAUUUUCCAUACUUAUGAUUGGCAAUACUAACUGGAGUACUCAACUGACAGAAGCGUUAGUUGAAUAUCAUGAAAACAACCAUAUUUCUAAAAUUCAAGUACACAAGGCACAGAGUGUAAAAUCAGCCCUUUCUACACUGUCCAAUGUUUAUGCAGAUCUUGUAAUUAUUUUGUUGGACAUAAGUAAGAAUGAUUGUUUAGUUGAUGUAGAAGUUAAUUUAUUAGCCUUAGAACCAGCAUUAUUAUGUGGCAGAACCAUUUUAGUUAACCCAAUAAACAGUGUUAAGCGUAAAGAUAUGGGAGUUUCUUAUGAAAAUAUUGACAAUCUUAAAAGAAAAUAUAACUUACUUAUUAUACAUGGAAAUAUAGAGAAUUACAUAAGUAGAAUGUUUUUAGCAAGAAGAAUCAUGGUUUAUUCCUACAAAAUAAAUAAAAACGGUUUACCAAAUAUUUUAGAGUUUAAUUCGGUUGAUAUGUAGACUAGUAGACUAGCUUUUUUAUAUAAUUUAUAAGUGCAUUACAAAUAAACAUCUAUGUAAAUAUA